CCAGAAACCCCAAGACAAGCACACAUAAGUACUCCAGAAUCCUUUCCAGCAUACUGAUCGACUAUACAUGUAUACAUAAAUCUAUCUAUUUAUAUAUCUAUUCAUACAUCGCAAUCAUCAAGAAUGGGUCUCAAACGCAAAUGCUCAUCCCUCGAAAUCUCACCUACUUCCUCCGUCUCCAGCCGCGCAACAGACUCGACACGCACCUCACAAAGUCCCUCCCCUCUCCCGCGCUUCUCAAAUCCUUUCGCCAUGGACAUAGACCAACCGAUCCGAAGCUUGCCGUUUGCACAAUGGGGAGCGUCGCAACACACAUCACGGAUCAGCGCCUCCGAUUUGGGAAGCCGGACGCGGAAGCGACAUAGAGACAACAGACCGAAGCAGGAAAUAGUGCAUGAAACAACAAUAAGCAAACUCUUCGACGCGCAAAAACAUCUCCCGGAUGCUGCGCCCGUCGUCUCCCAGCCACAACUCCAACCACGCCUCAGCAAUGCUGCACAGAAAUCUACUCUUCAUAGUUUCUGGGCACUACCAAAAGAGGCCCCGAGGUUGGCUUCAAUGCACACAGUGAGCUUCGGGCAGCAGCAACAUUGCGAGGACUGCGAUCAGGCUUUGGUCGUGGAGGAAAUGAUGGAGAUGGACAUCGAUAUGGCGUCUGGGGGAACGUUCGCGUGCCGGUCAUGCGGACGGCAUGUAUGUGAUACGUGUUCGGUUCUCGGGGACGAGCGGUGCUGUUUAGAGUGCGUGACAAGUACGAUGCAGAGAUAAUGAAGAACAAGAGUAAUACGAGAUUGAUCGCUCAUACGUGACCUACCACUUGUGAAAGAAGCCUAUUAGGACAGUAUACCAGAGAGACCUGU